CAAUCAUCAUCAUGGAUGUACUGGACAAAAUGAAAGACUUUGUAACGGCGAUGCAGCAGGUCUAUCAGUUUCCCAUGACUGNNCUUGACUGGAAACCCCCUCCCUUGAAGGACGGUCAUCUUGGACGCUAUCUCUGGACCGACGCAUUUGGUGUCCUCAACUUCAUUACGCUAUUUAAGGAGACGGAACAAACGCAUUUCCUGGUCUUGGCUGCGAUACUCGUGGAAACAGUACAUGAUAUACUCGGUCGAACGCGCGACCUAUCUGCUCGGCUUCCAGGAGCCUCGGACCAAUCUCCGCUGUCUGGCGGACUUCGCAUAGGCAAGAAUGAAGCUUCUGGAGCUGAUGGGGAUGGACAAUAUCAUCACUACCUCACGAUGUGGAUGUUUGCACUUAAUCGAUUAUCCAUUGCGACGGGCGACAUGAGCUAUAACGACCAAGCUGUGUCACUGGCAAAGGCGAUACAUUCUGCAUUCGUGUACCAACGAGACACUCCAUAUCCGCGCAUGGUCUGG